AACUAUUGAUAUGGUAUGCGAGGACUGUGAUGAAUUCAUUUGUGUUGAGUGCGCCAUUACAGAUCAUAGAGAUCAUGAUCCGAAGACUCUACCCACGGCAGCUACCGAAAGGAGGAGGAGUCUGCUUAAAUUUCUGAAGAGGGUCAAGGAAGAAGACCUGUUUGAGACUGAAAAGAAAAUAGAGAGGAUUCCAAAACAGAUCAAAGAAAAUAAAGAGCUUUGUGACUCUGAGAUUAAAAAGCUACAAAGGCAUUGUGAUGAGAUAAUGGCCAGACUGACAGAAAUCAGAAACCGCCAUGAACAAACAAUACGAGACAAUUUAGUUAAAAAGAAUGAUCAAUUGAAGCAUGUGAAAUCUGAGUUAGACAAGAAGAAAAGAGGAAUUUUUGACAUAAUGGAAUUCAUAGAGGAGAAGAACAGCACCAUGUCAGAUUACAGCUUGAUUGACAACCACAGAGAACUGAGGGAAAAGCUAUCUGAAUUGGAGGUUCAUAUGACAAACUGUGAAUAUUCAGUGAGGUUCACAAGAGGUGAAAUCAAAGAAGACUACCUUAAUUCUGUGGUUGGAAAAACUAUAGAUUUAGAUAAUAUUGCUGUGACUCAAAUUAACUCAUUCCAAUAUGGAAAUGAUCAAAUAUCUGUGUUGGAGACUUUCAGUGAGGACCAAUGUUACAUAAGAGAAUAUCAAUCACAAUAUUUAGAAAAAGUUAACAAGGAAGGAGAAAAAGAACAAAAAAUUAGUUUUACUUUAUAUGACUUGUGUGUGGCUGAAACUGGGGAGGUUUAUUUCACCGAUUUUAGAAAAACAAAGAAAUCCAUCAGCUGUCUUUCACCAUCAGGAUCUGUCUCUACAGUCAUCAGUACAGAUCCACUGGGACCAAUGGGGAUCUGUCAGUCAGUGGAUGGUGGACUACUGGUCACCCUGAGAGACGAUGAAUCGGAUCGUUACAAAUUAGACUCACACAGCAGACGUCUGGUGAGACACAUCACAGUGACAGGUGACGUCAUCCAUGAGUAUGAGUACCAGGAGGACGGUCAGACCAGACUGUUUACAUUUCCAUACAGAGUCACACAGAAUAGUAACAGUGAUAUCUGUGUAGUGAACAGUAAAAGUAAGACUACAAGUGAACUAGUGAUUAUGUCUUCUUCUGGGCGUUUAAAGUUUGUCUAUCGAGGACAGAACCUGAAAAAGAACUUUAAUCCAACCGAUGUAGUGUGUGACUCUCUCUGUAACAUCCUUGUUGUUGACCUUAACAAUUACCAUGUCCAUUUGUUGAGACUCGACGGGGAGUUCUUGAAGUUCUUACUGACAGACAAUGAAGUGAAGGGCCCAAUGCGAUUAUCACUGUUCAAGUCUAUUCUAUGGGUCGGAAACAAUAAAGGACAAAUUAAAGUAUUCCAGUACAGAGUGUAAAAUGAUUAGGUCCCCUUUUGUGGUUUAAAAUAUGUGUACUGUUGACAAAUCUGUCAACGAACUUUAAUCCUCUGAUGUAGCACGUGAUUGUUAAUUACUGACCUAACUUGCAAACAGAUCCAUGCAUUUGCUGUGUCCUGACGGGGAGUACUGACAGAGAAUAACAUGAAUGGUCCAUUAUUAAUUUCCACUUUCCCUAUACAAGUCUACACUGUAUAGGGAAUACCUUGAAGGACUUCUCAAAAUAUUGCAUAAUAUUAAGAUGUAAAAUGUAACAGAAGCAUUUUGUAUCGAAUUUAUUCAUCACAGAACAAAAAUGAGGUAAAAUAAUAAAUACAUACUCUGGUACAUAUUUACGGCAUCUACUGCAAAAUUAGGACUACCAUGGUUCAAAAGUUGUCACUAACUUAAGUCUUAAACUAUGUGUCAUCCCAUAACUGGUUUCAAUCUAAGAACAUAAGGUUCAAUCUUCUUAUUAAUGAGCUGUAAUAUAGAGUGAGACGUUCAUCCAAUUUACUUGUCAUUGAAUUUUUAAUUUAAAAAAAAAGUUCUUGAGGGACAAUACUGGACAAUUUUGU